AUGGCUGGUCACGUAACAUGUCCACCAGGACUAUUAUUCUUGACCAAGCACCGUAUACUACUCUAUCUGCACUGUAAAGCAGCUAUUCGCCCUGGGAAGGCGAUUAAAGUCCACUGGCGUAAUGUCCAUCAGUGGACAGGCCAUCAACUUCAAGAUGUACUAGCAUACGUCGCCACUUUGACAAUACAAGACCCCUCCACGGUCUGUAUGCCGGCACAGAGUGCCCCGAUUCCCGAAUUACCCAUAUUCGCCGGGUAUAGCUAUAAUGGCUGUGAUUACUUGACGCGGAGUCGUAAGCGCCGAGAACGUCACGAUCGAGAGGAGUCUCAUCCGGAGAGCGAGGCUGGCUGGACUCAGGUUCAGCUGCAGACAUAUUCUCAUGGUCGAUUCGCCAAGUACUGGACUGUUCACGACGAGGAAGAGGAAGAAGAGGAGGGCGACUUUACCACCACUACACCGCCUUCUAUCAGUUUUACGUGGGCUGAUAUGGUUACGCGCCAGAAGCAACGGGACGAUAAACGACGACGGAAGCAUCUUGAAGAAGUGGACAACCCGGAGAAUCUGACUAAGAUAUCGACAUAG